UGCAAGUACUCAAGGACUACGGGGAAAUGGGAACUAGUAGAAGUCAUUGGAGAAGGCAACUAUGGAGAAGUGUUCAAAGCUCGCAACGUGCAGACGGGGGUGGUUGCUGCAGUGAAAGUGAUGGAGGCCAUACUAGACAAAGAGGACGAUAUUAGAGCAGAGUUGAAUGUUUUUGAGAACCAUUCCCACCACCCCAACAUUGUCAAUUUCUAUGGUGCCUUUGUGAAAAAAGAUUCCAUAGCAGAUGAUCAGUUAUGGAUUGUUAUGGAGCACUGUUCGGCAGGCUCGGUAACAGAUCUAGUCAAAGAGAUGAAAGAGAAGGGAGAGAGAUUAUCUGAAGACACCAUUUCUUACAUCCUCCGAGAAGUACUAGCUGGUUUGUCUUACAUGCACUCGGCUUGUAAGACAAAUAUGUAUCACAUGCACUGGUGACCACUACAAAGUGGUACAAUCAGUGACAAAGUAAGCGACUCUACGUGUAUGUGUUCACUGUUUAGCACGUACGUACGUACACUCUGUGCGUCGGUUGCCCAUUGAUUGUUACGUACAUGAGACUAAAAAGUCGAAAAUGGUUUACUGGCCCAUACACUAUUGCAUGCCGAGCCUAAAAGUAUCCAUUUGUGUCACUGAAAAGCGCGAUCAAAAAAAGACCUUUAAGCUAACAAACACACGUACCAACAAAACAAUCAUGGGCAACCACCCUUUUCAUUUCGUUAUUACUUUAACAUUUCGUACAUACUUAAACAUUUUCUGUUGACUCCUCAAUACGGUAAGUGACAACGUAAGAAUACAAUUGACUGUGUGUGUUUAUCCUCUGCAGGUAAUGAUGUGAGCGGGGUGUAGGGAUUUUGGGCGAAUUCGCCUCGUUAAAAACAAAUCGUAACGAGAUGAAGGCCGUACCUCAAAGGUGUCUUGGAAACUGGCCAAACCAAAACAACACAAUGAACAUUUAAAACUCUUAACUUUACUUAAUGCUCACUUGACGACAACUUAUAUAUUAAUUACCUUCAACAAGAUUACAGGACGAUGACAAACUAAUCAACGUCACAUUUAUCUUAUACUACUGUAUUGAAAAAGAAAGGGAAUCAAAACUAAAAAACAUUUGCAAUGUGAA